CUCAAGUGAUCAAUAAGUACUAAUACUUUUAGAGGUGAGACUCUUCAAACAGUGAAGUAAAAGUGUCAGUACUUUUACCUGAAACAAGGGGAGGAGGAGGUAGCAGCAGCACAAGCCCCACUUUCACUCCCCCUCCUCCUCCCUUCGGAUGCCACUGAGGCAAGCGGCUCUCAUCUUCCACAAUCAUCUGUUAGGAGGCGGCGGCGAUGUCGGUGGCCUCUACAGAUGCUCGCUCGUCCUCGCCGGGCCCCAAGAUCACCCCGGAGGUGCUGCAAGAGACGCUGCAGUACUACAACCUCAGCCGGCAGGAGUUCAUCAGCACUUACAACAUCCAGCCGCUGGUGUACAUCGCCGAACUGCCGCGCGGAGCCAAGACUGGCUUUGUGAUCAUCUAUGCACUCAUCUUUGCGCUCGCACUUAGCGGCAACAGUUUGGUUAUUUCUGUGGUGGUGAAAAAGCGCGCCGUGCACACUGCCACGGACAUCUUCAUCUGCUCGCUGGCUGUCAGCGACCUGCUCAUCACUUUCUUCUGCAUGCCUUUCACCCUGCUGCAGAACAUCACUUCACAGUGGUUUGGAGGCGUGCUCGUUUGCAAGACGGUUCCUUUUGUGCAGACCACGGCGGUGGUGACGUGCAUUCUCACCAUGACCUGCAUUGCCAUCGAGAGAUACCUGGGUAUCGUUUUCCCGCUUCGAAUGAGGCGACAGUCAACUUCUAAAAGGGCAUACAUGAUGCUAGGGGUGGUGUGGCUCGCUUCAGUUAUCGUGGGAUCGCCUAUGUUGUUUGUGCAGCAGCUCAUAGUGAAGUACGAUUUUGUGUACGACAGUCACCACGUUUGCUGCCAGGAGAUCUGGCGCUCCUUGAGUGACCGGCAGGCAUACACCACCUUUAUCAUGGUGGCACUAUUCCUACUCCCUCUCACCGCCAUGCUUUUCCUCUACACCCGCAUCGCCUUUGAGCUGUGGAUCCGCAAAAGGGUGGGCGACUCUUCGGUACUCAACACCAUGAAUCACCGGGAGCUUGUCAAGAUGGACAGGAAGAAGAAGAGAGCUGUCAAGAUGAUGGUUAUCAUUGUUCUGCUAUUCACCGUUUGCUGGGCACCUUUCCACACAGUUCACAUGCUCUUUGAAUACUAUGACUUGGAGAACAAAUAUGACGGCGUAACGCUCAACAUGAUCGUUGCAGUCGUGCAGGCCAUCGGGUUCUUCAACAGCUUCAACAAUCCUAUCGUGUACGCCUUCAUGAACGAGAACUUCAAGAAGAGCUGCGUCACAGCGCUCUCGCAGUGCAUGCGGAAGCCGCACCAGAACGAGAAUGUCCAAGCGCCACCCGUGCAGUUUAUCAAACCUCAAACCAGGGAGGCCUUCCUGGAGUUGGACUCUGGCGGCAGCCCAAAGCAGCGCGCAGCCGACAAAGGCCCGUCGUGUGGCGAGAGCUCCCACGGGGAAGUCAGAGAAAAGCUUUCCACUGUUCAAACCGAACUUGUCGUAAACUCUCAAGAGACAUGAGUUCCAAAGUGAUGAGAUUUGGAAGAAAUAGUGAAUUGAAAAACAGGGCUAUAUCAGCCUUAGUCCAGAGAAACCAUUGCUUUAAGGCAUUUUAAGUCUUUUAGAAUUUGGCAGGGUUAAAUCUGGCAACAGUUGGUGCAGCUGAGAAUGUGUGAGAUAUUGUUUUUGUGUAUUAUGAUACAAAAAAGGUUUCAGGGGUCUAGGGCUGCAGCUAUCGAAUAUUUUAGUAAUCGACUGAAAAUUCUAUCGAUUAAUCGAGUAAUCGGAUAAAACUUUUUUUUUUAGGUAAAGAGCAAUUAUACAUAUAGAUGUGAAAACAAGACAUUUCAUGUAAUAUUGAACCAAUUUCAGUCAAUCAAUGUCUCUAUUUUCGAUGUACAUUGUUGAAAACAGCCAACAAUUUCAUCUCAAAUGUGACAAAAAAAGACUAAUUCACUGCUUUCAAUCCAAAAACUU